AUGAAGAAGAUGGGCACCGUCCUAGACGAACUGUUUUACGAUGUCCAAAGUCCUGGAAGUUAUGGGGGUUUGAAUUCCCUUUACGCUGCCGUAAAAAAAAAAGAGAGGAAAAAAGUUAACCAAAUCAGACGUGAAGAAGUGGUUGAAAAAAAGGUCAGAGACAUAUUGUACGGUGAUCUAAGCACAGAGAAAAAGGGGUGGAAGAAGAGGAAGAUUUAUAAACUUGGUGACAGAUUCAGAAUCAGUAAAACCAAACACGUUUUCAAGAAAGGAUACCUACCCAAUUGGACUGAAGAGGUAUUCACGAUUGUUGGACGUCACAACACGCAACCACCUGUUUACAAAAUUUCAGAUUACAAUGGCGAAAUGUUGGAAGGUACUUUCUACGAAGAAGAACUUCAGAAAAUAGUAAAGUACGAUGAUGUAUUGUACAUUGUGGAGAAAGUGCUGCGCAAGAGAAAACGUAAAGGCCGUGUGGAAUAUUUUGUUAAGUGA